AUGUGCCACACCGGCUGCUCCUCGGGCUGCCAGCCGGCCUGCUCUGUGCCCAGCCCCUGCCAGGCAUCCUGCUAUGUGCCUGUGAGCUGCAAGCCAGCCGUGUGCACACCUGUGAGCUGCAAGCCAGCCGUGUGCACGCCCGUGAACUGCCAGCCUGCCGUGUGCACGCCCGUGAACUGCCAGCCUGCCGAGUGCACGCCCGUCAGCUGCCAGCCUGCCGUGUGCACGCCCGUCAGCUGCCAGUCAGCCGUGUGCAUGCCCGUCAGCUGCCAGCCUGCCGUGUGCACGCCCGUCAGCUGCCAGUCAGCUGUGUGCACGCCCGUCAGCUGCCAGCCCGCUGUGUAUGUGGCCCCCUUCUGCCAGUCCUCUGGGUGCUGCCAGCCCGCCUGCCCCACCCUGGUCUGCAGACCAGUCUCCUGUAGCUCCCCUUGCUGCUAUUGA